CAGAUUUUCUCUUCGCUUUCUUCUCUGUUCUCUCACGCUUUCCCGAGGAAAAAAAAAAAAAAAAAGUCUUCAAUGGCAGAUUGGUCCCAACUCCCCAAGGAAAUCCUUAGCGUAAUCGCCGAACGCCUCGACAGCCCCUUCUACAUGCUCCGCUUUCGAUCAGUCUGCUCCUGGUGGCGAUCUUCCGUCUCACCCAGACCCCUCCUCCGCUUGCCUGGCCGUUUCCCCUUCCUUCAAUGCGACGGAAUCACGGACUCCAGCUGGGGCUUCCACCUCUCCCGGCGCUCUAUAUUCCUCAUCGCAACCACCGAUCCUCGUUCCCAAUCAUCCAAUUCAUCCUGGCUUGUCAAAGUCGAAGAGUUGUAUCCGAAUCGAAUGCGCUUGCUGAACCCACUCUCUCGGAUCCAACUCAGACCCAUGCCCACAUCUUUCCCUAACACAAUGAACCUAACCCACUUCAUAGUAUUCGAAUUGGGACAAGAAUAUGUUCUACACUACAUGAAUUACCGACCAUUCGGGGACGCUUUUGGCGAUUUGGGAAACUUGUACAUGGAAAAAGUUGUGUUUAUGAGCUCGGGUUGUGGAGGAAUUGAAGAGGCAUUCUCGCUGCUCACGAUUCACGUUUCGGGGAAAUUAGCUAUGUUCAAGUCUGGCGACAAGCGGUGGACGAUAAUUCAUGACAUGCCUUCGCCGUACGACGAUGUUGCCCUGUUUCAAGGGGAGUUCUACGCGGUUGACGGCACGGGGAGGGCCGUGCUUGUCGGGUUGUCGUUGGAUGUGACCUUGGUUGCUGAGUCUGUGUAUGGCGGGGAUAAGAAGUUUCUGGUAGAAUCAAAUGGAGGGUUGUUGUUGGUUGAUAUGUAUUUAAGUGCUGGGGAUGUGUUUGUUGGUGAUGACGAAGAUAUUGAUGUUGAGGAGGUUUUUGAUCAGUACGUUGCUGGGGAGAGGGCAGUUCGGUUUAAAGUUUUUAGGUUGGAUAUAGAGGGGAAGAGGUGGGUGGAGGUGGAGAACUUGAGAGAUAGGGUGUUGUUCUUGGGAGAUGAUUGUGCAUUUUCGGCCUCAGUGGCGGAGUUGUCGUUGUCGGGGUGUAUCAAAGGGAAUUGUGUGCUGUUUACAGAUAAUUUCUUCUACACAUGGGGUGAAGAAGGUAGUGGCAGUGGUGGCAGUGGUGGCAGUGAUGGAGUUUUCAAGGGUCGGGAUAUAUGUGUCUUUGAUUUGGAUAAUGGUAGUAUUGCACAUUUGGCAGAUUGUCCGGAGUAUUCAAAGCUGUUCUGGCCGCCUCCGGAUUGGGUUGCGGCAACAAAUUUGACAGUGCAAAAUCAAUUUGAAGAACUGGCCUUGUGAAGUGAAGAUCAUUUUCUUGUUUUUCUGGGCCGUCAGGUAAAUAGCCAAACAACUUGAUGCUUGUAGGGAUCUGGAGCCAUGAAUCUUCUUAUACACAUUAUUUUGGCCUUUGACACGAUGGAGUUGGCACAGUGCAUGAUUUUGGCCAGCCAGGAACUUCUCAUAUCUUAUUGGAUCACUUCUGAAUUGCUUAAUCAUUUCGGAGAAUUACUAUGCCAUCAGCAUAUAGUAAAUGAUUGUUGUUGAGUGCUUUUUGAAGUUCUCCAAUUCUACCUUUGAGUAGAAUGUGUAUGCUGAUCAGUAAUAUAUUUCCUUCUCUUUA